AUGAUCCGGCAGUCUUACACUGUCAGGGCAGGAGGAGGUGGAGGUGGGGGCAGCAAGGGUUUCGGUGCAGCCUCGGCCAUUGUCCCAGGUGGAAAUAGGUCCGGUUUCAGCUCACUCUCUCUCGCCCGGGCUGGUGGAGGAGGCAUCGGUGGUGGCGGCUUUGGCAGGAUCAGCAUUGGUAGUGGUGGUGGUGGCGGCGGCGGAGGAGGAGGAGGUGCCUUUGGCAGCAGGAGCCUUUAUAAUCUUGGAGGCACAAAACGAAUUUCCAUCAGCCGAGCUGGCAACCUGCGCAGUGGACUUGGUGGUGGAGGAGGAGGAGCGCCUGGGGUUGGUACCAUCCAAGAAGUGACCGUCAACCAAAGCCUCCUAGCACCUCUCAACCUGGAAAUCGAUCCUUCCAUCCAAGAAGUUCGGAAAGAGGAGAAGGAACAGAUCAAGUCGCUCAACAACAAGUUUGCUUCUUUCAUUGACAAGGUCCGUUUCUUGGAACAGCAGAAUAAGGUCCUGGAGACCAAAUGGACCCUCUUGCAGGAGCAGGGUUUGAAAUCCAGUGGUAACAAGAGCAACCUUGACCCGUUCUUUGAGGCCUACAUCAAUAACCUAAGGAAGCAGCUGAGCAGCCUGAUCAAUGAGAGAGGGCGGCUGGAUGGGGAGCUGCGGAGCAUGCAGGACCUCGUGGAAGACUUUAAGACCAAAUACGAAGAAGAAAUCAACCGGCGCACAGCGGCAGAGAAUGAGUUUGUCAUGCUCAAGAAGGAUGUGGAUGCUGCCUACAUGAACAAAGUGGAGCUGGAGGCCAAAGUAGACUCUCUGACCGAUGAGCUCACCUUCCUGAGAGCUCUCUUUGAAGCGGAGAUGGCUCAGUUGCAGGCACAGAUGUCUGACACUGCUGUCAUCCUCUCCAUGGAUAACAAUCGAGACUUGGACCUCAAUGGCAUCGUCUCUGAAGUGAAGGCACAGUAUGAGGACAUUGCAAACAGGAGCCGAGCUGAAGCGGAGGCCUGGUACCAGAACAAGUUUGAGGAGCUCCAAGCCACAGCAGGGAAGCACGGUGAUGACCUACGUAGUACUAAAGGAGAAAUUUCGGAACUCAAUCGGAUGAUUCAGAGGAUACGGGCAGAAAUCGAAAACGCCAGGAACCAGUGCGCCAAUCUGCAGACAGCCAUUGGUGAUGCGGAGGACCGCGGGGACCUGGCUCUCAAAGACGCCAGGGCCAAGCUCCUCGAGCUGGAGGAAGCGCUGCAAAAAGCUAAGGAAGAAAUGACCCGGCUGUUGCGGGAGUACCAGGAGCUCAUGAACGUCAAGCUGGCCCUGGACAUUGAGAUCGCCACCUACAGGAAGCUGCUGGAAGGGGAGGAGAGCCGGCUGAGUGGAGAAGGAGUCGGUCCUGUGAGCUACUCUGUCAUCAGCUCCAGUUCUGGAGGUGGCGGUGGCGGUGGUGGUGGAGGAGUCGGCUUAGGAGGAGGUCUUGGAGGAGGAGGCGGCGGCGGCGGCGGCGGCGGAGGAUUAGUUGGCCUAAGCCUUGGAGGAGGAGGCGGCGGCGGCGGCGGAGGUUUUGGCCUUGGAAGUGGCUUAAGCCUUGGAGGUGGCGGCGGCAGCAUUGGAAGUGGACUUUCCUUUGGUUACGGUGGUGGAGGUGGUGGGGGGAGUGGGUUGAGCCUUGGAGGAGGCAAUUUUAGCUCCAGCAGCGGAAAAGGGACAGGGAGCGGCUCAGGUGUGAAAAUCAUCUCCAAAACCUCGACCAGCCAAAAGAGCAUCAAAAACUAA